GCAUCUGCGUCUCUCCUGCGCGCAUGCUCUCACUCUCUAGCCUUAAUUAGGUCACGAAAUCCCGCCUUCCAGCCGCCUAUCCUGGAAAUCCGUAAAGUUCUCGAUGCCAAUGGCUGCGAUUAUGAACAACGUGAACGGUACUUAAUCCUGUGUGUUCACGGUGAUCCCAAUGCUGAUUCUCUUGUGCAAUGGGAGAUGGAGGUCUGCAAACUUCCUCGCCUCAGUCUGAAUGGAGUUCGAUUCAAGCGAAUUUCGGGAACUUCUAUAGGAUUUAAGAAUAUCGCGUCCAAGAUUGCGCAAGAGCUCAAUUUAUAA